UUAGUAGUGUAUUCACGUAUUGUAUUAUUGUCGUCUGCCUUAAAGUGUUAGUUCAGGUUCAGCUUUUUUAGCCGAUUUGCCGUUUCACAUUAUUUUAUUGACGUUUUGUUUAUACCGUGGGAAUAAUAAGGUUUUUCGGAAGUAACACAAGUGAAAAGUGAUAAAUGUUCAAACAUACUCUAAAUAACUGCUAAACUAAUCCAUGCUUGUAAAAACAAACAUCAAUGAUGUAUUUUUCACAAGUAGUCAUGAGUUUAAUUUUUAUAACUGUAAGCUUGUUGAGUUCAUUAGUAUUGGCAGAUAGCGAUGAAUAUAAGUCUAAGUUGUAUACAAAUGAGAAUUUUGAGACUGAAGUGGUAAAAAAUAAUCAUUUUGUUAUGUUUUUUGCACCCUGGUGCACAUUCUGCAAGCGACUGCACCCUACAUGGGAGGAGCUGGCUGAGAUGCUGAACGAGGAUGAAACGAGUCAGGUGACCAUCGCGCGGGUCGACUGCACUGUCAGCAGGGAGCUCUGCUCCGAGCAUGACGUCACUGGAUAUCCCACAUUGCUAUUCUACCUCAAAGGAAAGACAGUUGGAGUGAAAUUCCGAGGAACUCGUGAUCUUCCAUCUCUUACUACAUUUAUUAAUAUCCAGCUUGGAAGCGAUAGAGAGGUUAGCGAAGAAGAAGUGGGAGAAAGUGAGCAGAAGCCCGAAGUGACAUCAGGACUGGUUGAGUUGACUGAAGACACUUUCCAUAAGCACGUCAGUCAAGGUCAUCACUUUGUCAAAUUCUACGCUCCUUGGUGCGGACAUUGUCAGAGAUUGGCACCGACAUGGGAUUUGCUAGCGAAGGAGUUUGAGAAAGAGCGAAGUGUGACUGUGGCCAAGGUGGACUGCACGCAACACCGCCCCGUCUGCCAGAGCUUCACUGUCAAGUCCUACCCCACUCUUUUGUGGAUUCACAAUGGCAAAAUGGUGGAUACCUACAAAGGUCCUCGUGGUAUCGAUGAUCUGAAGGACUAUGUCACGAGUAAAAUCAACUACAACUGGAAACAGGACGAAGAGAAGAAUGAUUCUCUUACUGAAACCGAAAAAGAAGACAGUGGCUCUGAAAAACUAUCUGUUCUAGAAAUUACCGGAGAGACUUUCGACUCCAGUAUAGAACGUGGCUUCACUCUAGUCAAAUUUUAUGCACCAUGGUGUGGACAUUGUAAGCAAUUGGCUCCAACGUGGGAGGAACUGGCGAAAAAAUCAUUCCCAACCAUUGACGUGACUAUUGCCAAGGUUGAUUGCACCUUGGAAGUCAACAAAGAACUCUGCAAUGUACAAGAGGUCGACGGUUUCCCAACUAUAUUCCUGUACCGUAACGGCAAGAAAAUCUCUGAAUACAAUGGGUCUCGAAGUUUGGACGAUCUGGUCGAGUUUAUAAAUAGCAAUUUUCACGACGAACUGUGAUCAGUGUUACUAACUAUAUAUUACAACUGUCUACUUCCUCAUAAUUAGUAUCCAGCAUUUGCUUUUGAUAUUCUUUGGUUGGUUGUUGUGAAGGAGUUCGGGAUGUUUUAUGAUUUGAACAAUUUAUUAGUAUCUAAAUGAAUUUAACUAAGAAAGCACAAAAUACCUUGAGAUACAUAAUAUUUUGUCCUCAUAGUUCUAGGAAAUAAUUAGCGAACUAAUGUUCUGUUUCUCGUGUACAAUUGUAAGAAUGAUGAUUGUGUAGCGACUAGUUUAUUGAGACUAAUUAAUCGUCAUUUUGAAAUGCGUGUUUGAGCAUAACUUUUAUUUUUAAUUCAUGUUAUUAUUUAUUUCGUAAGGAAUACAAUAUUCAGGAACGGGAGAAGAGACGUUCGCUCAAAACUUAUUUUUUUAUAGAAUUUAGUCAAUUAUUAAUGGUUUACGGUAAUAUCCAAAUUUACAUUCACAUCACAGAUUUACACCCAAGAAAAUCAAACCUAGAUUAGAUUAUUAGCAGUGAACUUGAAUUGAUUAUAGAAAUAGGUUGACUGAGUCAGAUAAAUGCGCUAUCAAUCAUUCAAGCUGGAUUCCUACAUAUGAGUAUCAGAAUCCGUGCCCGAUUUAUGAAAAUAUUCUUCCCAUGUGUUCUAAUGAGACUAUUUGUACUCGCUUGGCCAGACUUGGUGAGAAUAUGUCUAUUAGAACUCAUGAAGAGAAUAUUUUAACUGAACCGGACACGGACUCUGAUGUGGAAAUUCAGCUCAAUAGACUGAUGCCGAAUUCAGUUUAGAUAUCAUCACAACAGACUGAUAAUUAUUCCUAUUCUUAUGGCAGACUGAGUCUUUGUGAAGUUAAGACUAAGUUUGUUUAUGUUCCAGGCAGACAAGUAUUGUUAUGUAUUCAGAUUUAAACAGAUAAGACAUAGACUGACAACUGAUAGCUUACGAAUACCGGAGUCAAUGUCAGUGUACUUAAAUGAAGAAUCUAAAGAUGUUGCGAACUUUGAAAAAUAUUCAAAAUUAUCAAAGACAGAUAUUUGAAGUUUGUUGGAUAUUUCACAACUCUUUCAUGUUCAGUUCAUUAGCUGUAAAUUUGGAUCCUUCGCAUUUCACCAAUCUAUUGAUUAUUUUGACGAAUUUAUGAUUGAAAAGAGAUACUCCCAGAAAAGUUUAGGAAGCUAUGAUUAAAAUCCACGUGCAAUUACGAUAGUUUAGUUUUGAUUUUGAGCAUCACUCUUGUUUUCAAAGUGAAACUCGUUAAUGACUGUUGAAAUUACCUAGAAUAAAGUAUGUAAGGAAUGCACUUGAGAUUACUAGUUACUCGUAGUAGUUUUAUUGUUGAUAAUUAGGAAAUUUCAGUGCCAUAAUACAAAAAAUGUAUAUGAAUGUCUCUGCAAGUCUACAGUGAUAUGAUAAUUAUUGUAAUAUUGGGUUUCUCAGUCGGUAGUCAUUGAUAUAUACUGCGAUUAGUAGAGACAUACAUAAUUGGGUAUUCAUCAGUGUAUUGCAAUUAAUAAUCAUUGACCUAAUUGUUACGAAUAGCACAGGAAAAACUCACUUGAAAAUUAGUUUAUUAUGGCAAUUUUAUUAUUAGAAUGUUUCUGUUAGGUCUUACUCGUGUUGUGUCUUGUGUAAUAAAAAAUUCUUUUCAAA